UCAAUAUCAUCAGAAUCAUUCAGGCGUUCCAAAUGGUCCUAACGAAGCCCAAAGUCUCCGACAAAAGCAAAACCGAAGUCGAAGGUGUUAAUGUUGGCUGGACAAAUCAAUGUGCGAAAGCACAACCAUUGGGGUAUCGAAAAAUAGUGCACCUCGUUGGACUUGGAUUCAUUAUGUGCUUUGCGUACCUGGCCUCAAUCUCCAUAAUAAAUCAAAGUGGCCAAAUCCAUCUCUUGUUGGAAAAUGCAGCCAAUGGUAACCUGAGUUAUUCUUCAAUAUCUCCUGCUCAGCACAGCCAGGCCCCCAAUUUCCCAAGCAUCUUCAGGCAACCCCCCAUAACCGCCCCACAACAACAGAACACCACAGAGUGGUGUCAACCCCUUCAUUUCAAGGCUGAACCGGGACCGGUUGUCGCCCUAGCCUCCUUCCCUGGCUCUGGGAACACAUGGUUCCGAUAUCUUCUUCAACAAGCAUCCGGAAUAAUGACAGGGAGCGUCUUUAAAAAUCUGAAUCUCCUCAGGAAUGGAUUUCCUGGCGAAAACAUUGCAAAUGGAUCAGUUUCGGUCAUCAAGCUCCACAAGACCACUAUCCAACGUAUGGAAGCUUUCGAUAAACUUAUUCUCCUCGUCAGAGACCCCUUACCCGCCAUAUUAGCUGAAUUUAACCGCCAAGCGGGGGGGCAGGUGGGGUACGCCCCACCUUGGGCAUUCAAAGAGAACAAUGGCGAGCGAUGGGGAAGAUUUGUCUACAAAAGAGGCGUUUCAUGGGAAGAGAUGAACCUUGCAUGGUUUUCACACUUCUCGCCACAAAAUCGUCUCAUUGUGUUUUAUGUUGAUCUAAAAACUCAAACGGAAAUCCAGUUACGCAGGGUGCUUACUUUCCUGAAUAUACCUGUCAGGGAUGCAAUGAUAUCUUGUGCUUUGGCAAGAAGACAAGGGCUUUACCAUCGCCCAAAGAGGAUACUCCACUUUGAGGUGUUCAACUCAAGCAUGAGGCAAACUUUGGCUGACCAUAAGAGGAGAGUCUAUUCAAUAUUGGGCAAACCAGCUACCUUUGAGAAGAAACCCCUGAACAGAACGUGAACCGUAAUUUCACGAAGAGAGUAUCAUGGAAACAUGAAUCAAGUCUAAAUACUUGACCGUCUUAUCUGUUCUGAAGUAGAAAUCUACCUGUGUAGAUUGUGUGUUUCCUUGUUACAUGAAGUAGAAAUCUACUUGUGUAGAUUGUGUAUAUCCUUGUUACAUGAACAUAA